AUGCCAUCGAGUAAACUUGAUCCAUAUGCAGCACAAAUCAGUACCAAUAUUUUCAAGCUGACGAAUACAACACCAAUUCCAUUCGAAAUCACAUCAAUUUUUAGUUCAUUCGAUCAAGUAGCAUUACUUCGUUUUUUCGAACAACAUCAAACAUUAGGAGUUGAUAUUGCUCCAUUCGUAUUUGGUAUGCUAGUACAUGCAGCGGAGAAUGUAUUUAUUUCAAGUGAUGAACUUGAUGUUAUUAAUACUCGAUUUGGAGUUUAUCAAGGUGGCUCAACGGACAAUGAUAUGAAAACAAUUGCUUCCAAACUUUUAUGUCAAGGUUAUGAUAUUAUGAAGAAUGUUUCUCGUACAGCUGGAUCUUCAUCAUAUUUUAUUAAACGAAACAUGUUAUCAUCUGUAUGUCGACAAUAUAACAGUAAUACUACAUCUGAUGGUACCAUCAGUCGAUACUUAUUUAUCACAACAUCUGUUCACAAAACUUCAAAUGAUAUACCAUCCGAAAUUUUAUCUGUACAACCAAACAUCGUACAUGUGUUAAUUGUACUUCGUCUAUUGGCACAAUACAAGCCUAUUUUUGUAUUUGGUGAACAUCAAUCACCACCUAAUUUACCAAAAUUAAUUAUUGUUCCACCAGAUAUUGAAGAAGCAAGAAAAAAUAUUUCGAAUCCAAUUUCACCAACUGAACCAAUAUCAAACUUGAAGCCAAAAGUGAUUGUUAACAUUAAAGAAGCUGAUAAAGAACAAGAUGGAUCAAUCAUCUCUGCUUACAAUGCUAUUCGUCGUGUUAUGGAAGCUGAACAUCAAAAAUCUUUACAAUAUGAUGCCAAGGGAAGUCCAAUUUAUACACCUUUACAACGAGCAUUUCAACGAAAGAGUAGCAACAAAUUAGCUCGUUUAGCUGGAUUAUGUCAAGCAAUAUCAUAUGCCAUUCAGUUAUGUUCUGAAUGUGUUAAUAUCGUUCGAUUUGGUGAUGGUCUUUAUCUUAAAGAAUAUAUUGAUGAUGAACAAAUUAAUUGGUUAAUGAGAUUUCAUGAUAAUGUUAAAGUACUUAUUGAACGAGAUAUUGCAAUGGCUCCUAAAUAUGGAACUGAUCAACGUCCAUUAAUUGUUAUUGAAAAAGCAGCUGUACAUGCUUCAAACAUGUUAUAUCAAUAUAAUUCAUCUACAAUUUCGGCUCUUUUCGAUGGUACAGCAAUUGAUAAUUAUGAAACAACAAAAAAUAACAAUAACAUUUCGAUUAGCAAUGGAUUAUCAAACAAGUAAGUUCCAUCUAAUUUAGGUUUUAUAAAUUGUAAUACUAAUAAAACGAGUAGUAUGUUGCCGUAAACAUUUCAAAAAUUGUUUAAGAAUAUUGAUAGGAACGUUUAUUUCUUUACAGUUUAGUCUUUCUACGAAAACGCUUUUUU